UCUGCUAAUUUGUAAAUAGACUUUUUAAAUGUACUGGCUGGUGCUUGGGAGCAUUAACAUUAUAUAAGGGGCGGGGCUGAGCUGAGAUAAGCCCAGGGUUAGGAGGCAAAGGUGCCAGAAGCAGGACGGACUUGACCAGACAGGAUAGAGCGCUGCAACCUGGACCAGCUGCUGCCACAACAUCGCACCGCUCUGAUGGAGGCUGCUAAGGAAACUCUUGAGAAUCAAAGAACUUCCACUGAAAAUGUGAAUGACACAAACCGUAAUCCCCAAUUUGAGCCCAUUCCUCUGGACAAGAUAAAAACUCUCGAGGAAGAUGAAGAAGAACUUUUUCGGAUGCGAGCAAAGCUCUUCCGAUUCACCUAUGUGAAUGGCCUUCCGAAAUGGAAAGAGCGGGGUACUGGAGAUAUGAAGCUGCUGAAACAUAAGAAGAAAGGGACCAUUCGCCUCCUCAUGAGGAGGAGCAGAACACUUAAGAUCUGUGCUAAUCACUAUGUAACACCAUGGAUGGAGCUUAAGUCCAAUGUAUGGAGUGACAGGGCUUGGGUCUGGUACACACAAGCUGACUUUGCUGAUGAGACUCUUAAGCACGAAGUCCUGGCGAUUCGAUUCCUAAAUGCAGAAAACGCCCAGAAAUUUAAGGCAAAAUUUGAAGAAUGUAGGAAUGAGAUAAAAGAAAAAGAAGAGAGACUAGCAUCAGGAAGAAACCCAACACUUCGGCUUUUGGUGAAAGAAGACAGCCAAGGAGAGCCCGAGGGCCUUGACAAAGUAGUUCAAAAGCUAAAAGAACUUUCGGUGGAAGAAGACAGGCAAGGGAAGUCUGAGAGUCUUGACAAAGUAGCCCCAAAACUAGAACUUUCAGUGGAAGAUGAUAGCCAAGGAAAGUCUGAAAGCCAUGAAAUAUCCCAAAAGCCUGGGGAGCUUUUAGUGAAAGAAGACAGCCAGGGAGAGCCUAACGAUCUUGACAAAAUAGUCCAAAAGCUAGAAGAAUUUUCGGUGGAAGAAGACAGCCAAGGGAAGUCUGAGAGUCUUGAUAAAGUAGCCCCAAAACUAGAACUUUCAGUGGAAGAUGACAGCCAAGGAAAGUCUGAAAGCCAUGAAAUAUCCCAAAAGCCUGGGGAGCAGUUAGUGAAAGAAGACAACCAAGGAGAGCCCAAGGACCUUGACAAAGUAGUCCAAAAGCUAGAAGAAUUUUCGGUGGAAGAAGACAGCCAAGGGAAGUCUGAGAGUCGUGACAAAGUAGCUCCAAAACUCGAACUUUCAGUACAAGAUGAUGGACGAGGGAAGUCUGAGAGCCAUGAAAUAUCCCCAAAGUCAGAGUUUUCAGUGGAAGAAGCCAGCCAAAAGGCAGAAGAGAAGGAAGAGACCCACAGCAAAGCUGAAGAGGAGCAAUAAAUCAUCUCCCAGGCCUUGCAUUCAUUCCUGAUAUUUUCUCUCCCUCCCUCCCUCUCUCCUUCCCUCUCUUUUCCUUCCUUCCUCAUUCUUAGAACUGCCUUUAGAAUAUGUGUGUGUUGAUAAAAAUACAAAUACAUAGAUAUGGAUAUAGAAACUAACAAUUAAAAUUCUGGAGGCAAUA